GGUGCCCCCAGCUCUCAGCCUCACAUCAUCUUCAUCCUGGCCGACGAUCAGGGCUUCCGAGACGUAGGGUACCACGGGUCGGAGAUCAGGACGCCCACCCUGGACAAGCUAGCUGCCGAAGGGGUUAAACUGGAGAACUAUUACGUCCAGCCUAUGUGCACGCCGUCCAGAAGCCAAUUUAUCACGGGGAAGUACCAGAUACACACCGGCCUCCAGCACUCCAUCAUACGGCCAACCCAGCCCAACUGCUUACCUCUGGAUAACGUCACGCUACCUCAGAAGCUGAAGGAGGUUGGGUAUUCCACGCACAUGGUUGGCAAAUGGCACUUGGGGUUUUACCGCAGAGAAUGCAUGCCCACGCAGAGAGGAUUCGACACUUUCUUCGGCUCGCUCUUGGGCAGCGGCGACUAUUACACUCACUUCAAAUGUGACAGCCCUGGGAUAUGUGGCUACGACCUGUACGAGAACGACAACGCAGCUUGGGAUCAGGACAACGGCAUCUACUCGACGCAGAUGUACACGCAAAAAGUGCAACAAAUCUUAGCUUCGCAUAGCCCCAGGAAACCUCUAUUCUUAUAUAUCGCUUACCAAGCUGUUCAUUCGCCCCUUCAGGCACCAGGCAAGUAUUUUGAACAUUAUCGAUCGAUAAAUAACAUCAACAGGCGAAGAUACGCCGCGAUGCUGGCUUGUUUGGAUGAAGCCAUAAACAACGUAACCCUUGCGUUAAAGAAGUACGGUUACUAUGAGAAUAGUGUUAUCAUAUAUUCUUCAGAUAAUGGUGGGCAGCCAAUGGCCGGAGGAAGUAACUGGCCUCUCCGAGGAAGCAAAGGGACCUAUUGGGAAGGAGGUAUCCGUGCUGUGGGGUUCGUCCAUAGCCCCCUUCUGAAAAACAAAGGGUCUGUGUGCAAGGAGCUUGUGCACAUCACAGACUGGUUCCCUACCUUGAUCACGCUGGCAGAGGGGCAGAUCGAUGAAGAUAUCCAGCUGGAUGGCUAUGAUAUAUGGGAAACCAUUAGCGAAGGCAGGCGUUCUCCACGGGUAGACAUCUUACACAACAUUGACCCGAUUUACACCAAAGCCAAAAAUGGGUCCUGGGCGGCUGGCUAUGGGAUCUGGAACACUGCGAUUCAAUCUGCCAUCAGAGUGAAUCAUUGGAAACUACUGACGGGAAAUCCGGGAUACAGCGACUGGGUACCUCCACAGGCCUUCAGUAACGCGGGCCCCAACCGCUGGCACAACGAACGCGUUUCUUGGUCAGCUGGCAAAACGGUGUGGCUUUUCAACAUAACUGCCGAUCCCUAUGAACGCGUGGACCUCUCUGCCAGGUAUCCAGACGUAGUGAAGCAGUUGUUGCAGAGGCUUUCACAGUUCAACAAGACUGCGGUUCCUGUUCGAUACCCACCUAAGGACCCUCGGAGUAACCCAAAGCUGAACGGAGGAGUCUGGGGUCCGUGGUUUAAGGAGGACGAAAAGAAAAAGAAAUCAGAUAAAAGUAAAGGUGGCAAUAAGCAAAAGAAGAACAAGAACAAGAAGAAAGCAAAUCGGAAAAAAGGGCAAUCAUUACAUUGCCGUUCACGUCUUGCUGGUGGAUAA